UCGCCCUCCCCUCCUCCUCUGCCCGCGCCGAGAAGCGCCCGCGAGGCCGCCUCUGCGGCGGCGAGCUGCUGCCCCCCCCGCCGCAUCCUCGCCGGUGAGAGCGAACCACGCGCGUCCCUCUGUCUCGCCUAGCCUACUCCCUCUCCGCUCUCGACUUUAUAGCUUCUCUGGUAGAUCUGAGAGCGUUUCCUCUUCGCCUACCCACUGCAGCUUGGUUCGGACGGAAUUUGUGGGGUGCGUGUUCGGCUGAAGCUUCAUGCCCCCCGUUAGGCCCGCGCCAAUGGUUCCGCCGCAAGAGCAGCAGCAGCAGAAGCAGAAGCCGGCGGUCCCGGUGACGAGGUCGUGGCCGGUGGCCUUCAUACCGCCGAAGCCAGCUGUUGAAGUAAAAAAUGCCAGUCCAAAGAAAAGGAAACACUGUAACUGUAAGAACUCGCGAUGUCUGAAGAUGUAUUGUGAGUGUUUUGCUGCAAGUGUUUAUUGUGAUGGAUGCCACUGUUCACCUUGUGGAAACAAGGUUGAGAAUGAAAACACAAGGAAGGAAGCUAUUCAAUCAAUUCUUCUUCGUAAUCCACUUGCAUUUCAGCCUAAAAUUGAAAACAGCCCAAAUACUGUAAAUGUUCGAAAGGAUAAUUCUGGAGCCGUACCUGUUGUACCAAAGCACAAUAAGGGCUGUCAUUGCAGGAAGUCAGAAUGCUUAAAGAAGUAUUGUGAAUGCUUCCAAGCAAACAUCCUUUGCUCUAAGAAUUGUGGAUGUAAGGACUGUAAGAAUUUUGAAGGAAGUGAAGAGCGACAAACUUUAGUUCAAAUGGAGAAUGCAUCUGAUAGAAAUCACAUUCAAGAAGCAGCUAACUUUGUUCUCAAUGGUGCCAUUGGAUCCUUAGGAUACAAAAGUUCUUCAAAGCGUAGGAAAAAAUCUCAAGAAAAUUCCCUUGGUGAACAAAUUAUGUCAGAGUCACAAUUUCAAUCGGCUGACCAUGCCGAUGUUUCGCAGCUGACACCAUCUUGCACAGGAUCUGGAUGGGACAUUGCUAUCAAUCACCAAAGUAAAUCAUCUAAAAUGAUCUAUAGGUCUCCACUAGCAAACACUAUCCCUCUUAUUGAAGUCAGUGAUCUUGUCAAGCAUGUGGUGGUUGCAUGCAGAAAGGAAGCAGAAGCAUUCCCCGCAAAAGCUGACAAUAAAGUGGAUAUGCAAGAAGAGAAUGAUAAAAUGAACAAUGAUAAGAAUAAAGAGCAAAAAUUGAAGGAGGCCUCUCUCAAGGACAUCCAAAACAAGUCCUGUAUAGAUCAGUUGAACAUUAAUGAAACAGGGCCCCAUCUAGUUAACACUUCUAAAGAUUUUAGGCCCACAUCACCAGGAACACAAGCGCUAAUGUGUGAUGAGCAGGAUACUACAUUUGGAAAUGAUGAUUAUAGAAGCCCAUCUAUGGUGCCUUCAUGUGGUCAGGGCAUUUCUGAGCUAAAUGUCGCUCAGGAAAACAAGGUAUUGACAGGGCUGCGUGACUAUCUCCGUGUGCUUAUCACGCGUGGAAAUAUAAAUGCAACCAAAUCCUCAGCAGAGGCAGCAAUGGAAUUGGAUUCCUGGCGGCAUCAUAGGGCAACUGUUUUUUGCCAAGACAAAUCGAUGUCUUCCAACGGUCCUGAAACCCUUGGAAAUAAUCAAGCAUCUAUGUCAAAUGAUGAACAAAAGGGAAAGAGUGAGGUUAAGUAGUACUAGAUACAGGCUGCACUGUAAAUGAUCAUCUCUGUACAUAGAUGGGUGAGAUAGAUAGUAUAAUCCCCGUUGCCAAAACUGAGCAACCGGCCUCGGUAGAAUCGAUCAUUAUUUAUUGAGUGUAGCAAGCAACAGUUUUACUGAUGUAUUAAUUCAAUCCAAUAAAAUGUCAAUUGAUUUUUGGGGUCUUGAAACUGUCUUUCUGGGAUAUUGUACAAAGCCAGUACCACUAGGGAUUUUUUUUGGUUAUCCAUAAUAAUCUUCAAGAUAUUGUACUGGCCCACUGCCAUGUAAACUUCAGUGGAACAGAUAAACUGCCGUUAUGAGUACAUCUUAUGGCAACA